GAAUAGAUAACAACAGUCACGAAUACUUUAAGUAGAUAAGGAUGUCCUUCUUUAGUAGAAUAAAAUUUGUGAAGUACACGAGUGAAAGCAAACAUCAACAAGAUGAAAUUGACAUUUGUCUUAUUACUUACAGUAUACAUAUGUUGGACUAAUGCUGAAAUCUGCAGUAAUAUCACAGACUGUGUUGGUACAGUAUGUAAGCCUUCAGUAGAUCACGUGCAUCUCGAAUGUAUCGAGAAACAUUGCACGUGCUCGAAUGACCCAAGGGCGUGUCUUUCUGUUGGUGACUGUGACCAGAACGCGAGAUGUUUUGAUAGGGAGGGGCACAGAACUCACUUUCACUGCUUGGAUGGUGCCUGUUUAUGUAUUAGAGUAUAAAACAAAACAUUAUGUGUUAUUUAAACAAGAAAUUAAAGAUUGUCAGUUA